AUGCUCCCCGGCGGGGUCACGACUCAGUACGUAGACAACUGGGUCGCACAAGGUCUGUUCACACCAGAGAGUAUACUGGAGAGGUUCCUACUGAAGCGAACGAACACAUACAAUAUCAACGCAGAGGGUCUGGAAGCGGCUUUCGACUCGGUUGCUUCCGAAGACGAGACAGGAAUACAACGUAUCGACGACGCCGGAUUUAUCAAACUUCUCACGUGUUCAAAUGUCCUACCCAAAUACCUCACGAAUGUGGGUACCAUUCUUUUUCAAAGCAUACAUUACCUCUCGAUAUAUCCAUUCCGUCAUGAGCACCCCUCAGCGCUCACUUUGAGUGAACUGACCCGUGGACUUCUCUGGCUGAUGCCAUACGAAAAGGGAGUCACAUUCAAGUCAUGGGGAGGUGGCUGGUGUGAGCUUAGCCCAGCAGACCAUAGAAGACUUAUCUUCCAAAGUCUAGCUACAGAGCGAAACGGCCACGAGCUGCCCUAUGAUGUUGAUGACUGGAGAAGAGAAGCCCGUCGUCGUGCCUAUGAGUUGCCUGACGAGAAGAUCAAAUCAACGCUUCCCCAACUCGGGGACCCAAACUACGAUGAAUGGGGAGAUGAGCUGUACCAUGAUCUGCUCAGUGUAGUGAUGACUGCCCAGCCUAAGAGGAACCUUCCUCUAGCCGGGGAGCCGCGCGAUGCCUUUCGCCCUUUGGCAUCGCGACUACAUGAACGUGAGCCUCCUCGGCUCUACAGGUUUACCAUACCGGCCGACAGAUUGCGAGUCUUUGUACAACUCAUGCUCUAUCACACCUUCGAAAUCUCCGGGUCUCCCUCUUGGAUAGGCACCUGGGAGCUUGAGCUGGUUACUGACUGUAUAAUACGGGCAUUCGUGCAAAGCUCUGAUGUUGGGAUCAACUGGCCAAUGUUCGAUGAGGGUUGUAGGGCUGCGCCAUUUCUUCUACAUGCUUUGAACUAUGUCAUCAGCUCUCUCUGGACUGAAUCACCUCGUCUUGAGGCGAGUAUACAGCAGUGCAUGCGGCAGCCUGGAAAAUUGUUCAAACCCCCUAUUGUUGCACAACUCAACACGAUCUUCAACAAUGCCCGCAUUAUUUGGUUCGAAUAUCUCAAAUUUUCCUGGUUUCUUGGUAAUCAAAACCUCCGGAUCAGCGCAUCAGAACUAGUAGCAACAAUCGAGGAAUCGGAGGAUCGAAUUCUCAUUCUUGUGUCUGCAAAAGACACUAAAACACAAGAAGACUACCUGUUGGGCAUGUUCAUCCCAUCUCCAAACAAAGACGGGCAUCGAAUACAGUCCAAGCAAGAAGCGGACUGGCCAAUAUGUUCUCUUUUCGAGCUAAGCCCUAUUCAGAGCAUUUUUGGAGGAAACCUAGAAUGUCCUGCAUGGACACUGAGUGGGGACGAACUCUCGUUCGGUGACCCAGAAAAUGGAGUCGCUCUGGUGCUGAAGAAUGGUCUUUCACAGGCAUCAUUUACCCAGAGGGUGAAUGGUCGGAAUGCGCCGAUCUAUGAGCCGACUCUCUGGCGGGGAAGCUUUUCUAUAGACCUGGAUGUGGAUGGAAUUGAGAUCUGCUAUGAAGAUACCAGUAGCUCGGCGGAAGCGGCUACUGAUUCGGACCAGGAUAAUUUCGGUUCCGUACCUAUGGAGUAG